AUGACGAAACUGAGUGCUAGGGACCAAAAGGUGGUGUGCUGGCAUGUAAAGCUGCGCAGCGGCCGCUUCACCUCUGCAACCAUGCCCGAUCAGAACGCCAACACAACGGACCAGCGGCCUCUACACAUCAAGAAUCGCCAACGUGACCCCCCCGAUUUCGCCGGUAGCCCUGAUUCGGACGUCCAAGACUGGCUGAAGAAUUAUGACCGCGUGAGUCAGCAUAAUCGUUGGGACGACAUGAUCAAGCUCGCCAACGUUGUCUUUUUCCUGAAAGGCACAGCACUACAAUGGUUCGACAACCACGAAACCGAAAUCAAUUCGUGGGACGCGUUCAAAGCCGCCUUUGCGGACGUCUUUGACACACCCGAACGCCGCAGACAGCAUGCCAAGGACAAGCUUUCCAAGCGGUACCAAGCCGCUUCUGAAUCUUCGACCUCUUAUAUCGAAGACGUACUCCGCCUUUGCAGUCGCGUCAAUGCAGCUAUGCCAGAGGACGAGAAAAUCAGGCACCUCUUCAAAGGGUUGUCCCAGCAACUAUUUUCUGUCGUCGCACCCAAAUCGCCUCCGACCGUCCACCAGCUCAUUGCGGAAUGUAAGAAGUACGAAGAGCUACAAAGCGGCCGGAUCCUCAAAGCUUCGUUUGAACGCCUCCCGGAAGUGUCUGCCCCAUCUUCCGCCGGUGAGCUUCCUACUCUUAUACGAAGAAUCAUUCGCGAAGAAUUACGCGAAUUUGUGGCUUCCUUUCGUCCCUCCGCCGACAUUUCACGCCCACAAACCGAGACUUCUAGUGUUCAGCAAGUCAUCAAGGAUGAACUUCGGGCUGCGCUUUGCCCCAUCGCACCGGUUCCUUGCCCUCACGUCCCGCCGCCUGCCUUCUCGCCGCCCAUCUGCGCCUUGCAGCACGCAUCCCCACACCUCUGCCCCGUGCAGCAUUUAAAUAACGUUUCCCCACCUCCUCGACGUUACGAACCACCCCGAAGAACUGAGGCAUAUCGCACCGAAGACAACCGUCCCGUAUGCUUCUACUGCCACUCACCUGGCCACGUUAUUCGCUACUGCCGCCGCCGUAUUCAGUCCGAGACAUACAAUCGCAACCCUACUUCUACCCCACCCUUCAACGACCACAACCCCAGCCGCACCUCCGACGACCGCCGCAACUGGAGUCCUCCCCUUUUCCUGGUUCUCGGCGUGGCCGGUCCUCAUCCCCCUACCCUCGACGCCGCUCUGUCUCGCCGUUUAUUGAUGCCACUGCCACAUCUCCACCGUCAAACUAAACAACGCAGCCUGUCGUGA